AAUUGAAUCUAUGAAUUCAACGAGAUUUAGUGCAUGGACGCCAAUGAAUCACCCCAAAGCAAACGAAAAGGUAUUUGAAGAGAGAAGAGAUUUGGUUGGAAAAUGGUACGACAAAUGGGGUGACAGUCAGCGCAAACGUGUGUUACAAGACAUCAUUUUGAAAAGCAGUAAAAGCCAAUUAGAAUUCUGUAUGAAAGUAACCGGACAGGUUCUGCCAAUUGACAGUCAGGAUUUCAGUGGAACAUUACCGCGAUGUCUCGCCAUUUACAUCUUCACUUUUCUGGAUCCCCGGAGUUUGUGUCGAUGUGCUCAGGUGUCUUGGUAUUGGAAGUAUCUCACGGAACUGGACCAGGUGUGGAUGCCAAAAUGUCUUAAAUUAGGAUGGUAUUUGACAUUCAGUCCAAGUCCUUAUGAAACUGGUAUUUGGAAGAGACUGUACCUUGAAAAUGUUAGGGAGAUAAAUUUACUAGGUCCAAAGAAGAAAAGCAGAUCUCCGCAGGCGGGCGGGUCGCAUAUGACAAAUGGACAUACCACAAUGAAUGGUAAAGAGAAAAGAGUUGAGUUUGAAAGGACAACCAAGAAACCACCAAGAGGGAAAACGAAAACAGGGCCCCCUCUAGAGUUACCACCGUGGAGAGGAUCUGAUCCUGUAGUUAAAGAUACUGUUCGAUAUAACUAUCUUGAUAACGAUGAUGAGGUUCUAAAAUCAAGAAAUCAGCGAAUACUGAAAGGAAAUUCAACCUCUGACCUCACCGAUGGCAUUGAUGAUACACAAAAGAAGAAGUUCUCAUCCACGUUAACCAAUUAUAAACUUAAAAAAGCAAACUCAGCUUCUAAUAUCAACCAGAAGAAUCAGCGACCGGGAUGGGCGCAGCACCAAGAUGGAGAUCCAUUUGUUAACAUGUCCCUCAACUUUGACAUCUCCAGUUCUAUGAAGAGGCCAUCACCUGUACAAAAAACAAGUACACCGACACAAAGUCAUACGACAAAAAGAGAUAUAACCUCUACAAAGCAGUUCCAGUCGCAACCAUGGCGACAAGUGGAUACCUACUUCUCCGAUGACGAUUAGUAGUUGUAUAAUUACAGUUGAGUGGUACAGCAGAAGAGUGUUUCUUAUCUCUAUAGCCCUGCUUAUAAGUUGUCUUGUCAUGCAAGCAAUUCUGUCAGCCCAUUCGGUGUCUGGAUAACAUUUCGCUGUACAUUAACCAAUUGUAUUAAGUAUUUUGAAAAUUUUGAGUUUAAUACUUUGAUUAUCAAGAUGCAUUGUAAAUAGUUAUGACUAGUCAUAUACUGGAAAACUGAGCUCACUUCACACCAUUGUAAUAUUUUAAAUCAAAUAAGGGGUGUAAUAAGAAAUAAGUUGUUAAUUUAAUUAUUCACUGGGUUUUAAUUUUGCUUAUUUUGCUGACUGGAAAAUGCGCUACAUUAAAACCCAGUGAAUAUGUAAAAUUUAGCAUAGAACACAUUAUCUAAAUGAUAAAACCGUGAAUUUAAAACCCACUGAAUAUGCCUGAAAUGAUA